CUCUCUCGCUGCGGCGGCUCCUUUGCUUCUGAGCAGUCCCCCUUGCGUCUGUUUCUCUUUCCUCUCUUCCGGUAGACUGCAAUCUUCCCCUCUAGCUCAUUGUAACUCUCCUCUCUAGUAUUCAUCUUCGGGAGAUCCUGUUCAGCCACCAUGACCGGGGGUGAUGCUAAGCCAGGCAAGGCCAUCCCGCUCUACGGCACCUUCGCUGCUUCCGCAUUCAGCGCUUGCUGGGCUGAGUAGUGUGAGAAAUAACAAGGCAGUUGAUGACGGCAGACCUGCACCAUUCCCCUAGAUACGGCCAAGGUGAGAUUGCAGCUGCAGGGGAAAGCGUUAGCUGGUGAGGUCAAUGUCGCACCCAAGUAUAGGGGAAUGUUCGGGACCAUGGCCACCAUAGCAAGGGAAGAAGGGGCUGCCUCCCUCUGGAAGGGUAUUGUUCCCGGGCUUCACCGGCAGUGCCUCUUUGGGGGCCUUCGAAUUGGUCUCUAUGAACCGGUAAAGAACCUGUACUUAGGAAAAGACCACGUAGGAGAUGCUCCACUGUUGAAGAAGAUUGCUGCUGGUCUUACGACAGGUGCGUUGGGCAUUUGUGUGGCGAGUCCCACGGAUCUAGUGAAAGUGCGACUUCAGUCUGAGGGCAAGCUACCUCCCGGUGUCCCCCGCCGCUACAGCGGCGCUAUGAAUGCUUAUUCGACUAUUGUCAAGCAGGAAGGUUUCACAAAAUUGUGGACUGGGCUUGGUCCAAACGUUGCUCGUAACGCUAUCAUCAAUGCUGCCGAACUGGCCAGUUAUGACCAAGUCAAGCAGACAUUGUUAAAACUUCCUGGUUUUACGGACAACGUUGUUACUCACAUCCUUUCUGGAUUAGGUGCUGGCUUUAUCGCUGUCUGUGUGGGCUCUCCUGUUGAUGUGGUGAAGUCCAGAAUGAUGGGAGGAGGGCAGGGUGCUUACAAAGGCACAAUUGACUGUUUCGUUCAGACUUUUAAGAAUGAUGGUGCUGGAGCUUUUUACAAGGGAUUUUUGCCCAAUUUCGGUCGACUUGGUUCUUGGAACGUCAUUAUGUUUUUGACCUUGGAACAGACCAAGAAGGCUUUCUUCCCUAAGGACGAGUAGAACUGAGUUUCUGUUGUGAAACUGUACUGAGUUUCUUUGAUCAAGUAGGCUUAGAUGUAGCAUUGUUGUGGUGGUAUUUUUAUCAAACUGUCUUUUAGUGUUCAGCAAGGAAAGUGUGGUAAUGAAGCGAUAACUUUUCACGGCUACUUCAAUUUUGUGGCAGAAUUUAAACUUUUGGUUUAGGUGGAAUUCUCCAAUUCUUUGCAAUCUUGCAAAUCAUACAAUAAAAUCAUGAAUCUCUCUAGGUCAUUAUUUUGAAA